AUGCCAACAAUCAGUGUCGACCCAGAUUAUCUCUUCACAUUGAUUGGAAAGAAAUUUACAAAAGAAGAAUUUGAGGACGUUUGUUUCCAGUAUGGCAUUGAACUUGAUGAGGUAGAUCAAGAAGAAGGGAAAACUGUCUACAAAAUCGAGGUUGGUGCAAAUCGGUAUGACUUGUUAUGUGUUGAGGGGUUAGCCAUAUGCCUACGAUCGUUUUUAAAGCUUUCUCCAUUCCCCGAAUAUACAUGUAAGCCGAGUGGUGUUCAGAUUCAUGUUGGAAAAGAUGUUGAAAAAGUCCGCCCAAUUUGCAUGGGGGCCGUUUUAAGAGGAAUCAAUUUCACUGACGCGUCUUACAAAAGUUUUAUUGACUUCCAAGACAAAUUACACUUGACUAUUGGGAAGAAGAGAAGUUUAGUUGCUAUUGGAACACAUGAUAUGGACACGUUAGUCCCCCCAUUCAGAUACGUCGCUUUAAAACCAGAAGAGAUCAAAUUUGAACCACUCAAAUGCACUACAGAGAUGGACGGAAAUCAAGUCAUCGAACACUUUUCAAACGACUUGAAGCUGAAGGAAUACGUCAAAUUAUUGAAAGGAAAAGAAGUCUUCCCCGUCUUCUUGGACUCUAAAGGUGUCGUCAUGUCACUUCCACCUUUGAUCAACGGAAACCAUUCAAAAAUCACAUUAAACACACACAACGUCUUUGUUGACAUGACUGGGAUGGACAGAACAAAAGUGAUGAUGGCGUUACAAACAGUGGUGACCUGUUUCUCCAUGUACUCCGCAACUCCAUUCUCAGUCGAGUCAGUCGAGGUCAUUGGUGGCCCGAUGAAUAACUUCGAUGAGACAAAAACGACAAUCACCCCCGUCUUAGACAAACAAAACACACCAACUACUCUCGCUUAUUUGAAUAAGUCGCUUGGACUGAAUUUGGAUAAAGAAACAGUUGCUGAUCUGUUGAUUAAAAUGGGAAUUGAAUACAAAGACGAAGUUGCUAUAGUUCCACCAAUGCGAACUGAUGUCAUGCAUCCAUGUGAUAUUAUGGAAGACUUGGCUAUUUCAUAUGGCUUCAAUAAUUUGGUAGCGUCAGAUUCCAUUUCUCGAACAUGUGGGAAAGAACUCAUCACAAACAAAUUGAAAGAUCUCUUGUCAAAUGAAAUUGCAUAUGCCGGAUUCUCCGAAAUUAUCACAUUCGUCUUAAUGUCAGUCGCAGAUGCGGCAACUAAUUUAAGAAGAAACACCGACGGACUUAUUAAGUUGAAAGAUUCAAAGACCCCAGAAUUCCAAACGGCACGAAAAACGUUGUUAAGUGGCAUGUUAAAGUGUUUGUACUUCAACAAAGCAUAUAUGAUGCCAAUCAAGUUGUUUGAAGUUGGUGACACCGUAAUAUUGAAGGAAGGUAGUUUGACAGGUGCGAUGAAUAGAGCGCAAGUGUGUGCUUUGGUUUGUUCACCUGUUGGGACUAUGGAAGACAUCCAUGGGUUACUUGACAAGAUCAUGUUCUGUUAUGGUGUUGGGUAUAAAAAGGCAAGAAAAGAGAAUGGGCCCGUCUAUGAUAUAGUUAAAGGAACUGAUCCAGCUUACUUAGAAGGAAGAGGCAUUGAUAUUUUAAUCAAUGGAACUAAAUAUGGAAUGUUUGGUGUACUUCAUCCUGAGGUCCUCAAAAACUUUGAAAUUGACAAUCCAGUUGUUGCUCUUGAGCUUUUCUUAGACUUCCCCAAUGGUCUUUAA